AUGACAGACAUUCACGACGGCACACUGUGGCAUGAACUCGAGAUGAACACUGUCCAUGAGAUUGGUGAAUUAGGUACCGUCUGUGACCGCCCUCAAGACCUGGAUAAUGGACCGACAGCGACAAAGCUUACCAAACAUCGAUAUGGCCUGCAUUUGACCUUGAAUAUUGACUGGAUGGGAAUACUUGAAAAUCAGCCGCAUUCUAGUGGUCCCAUCUACUAUGCUAUAAAUGACCUGCCACGCAAUCAGCGAUUCUUGCAGGUCAAUGUCAUAUGCGCUGCAAUUAUGCCAGGUCCAAAGGAGCCAAACAUCCAGCAAAUUAAUUAUUGCUUGGAGCCCUCGACUCGUGAGCUGAUGGACCUCAAGAACGGCGUGAAAAUGGACGUUCAUGGAGAGGAAGAAGCGGCAGAUGUGUUUGCAGAUAACGAGGUCCUUGCAUGCAAUAUGCCGGCUUCACAUAAGUGCAACAGAACGGCUGGCCACAGUCAUGAUUUCCAUCUGUGUGCAUUUUGCAACGCUGACGUUGUCAAGAUCAAUACACCAGAGGGUUACAACAAUACAUGGUCUGCAAAGGACAAUUUUCAUAUGCUCCAUCAGAGUUUUUACUCCAGGGAUGCCGGUCCUGCUCGUCAAGAGGCAAUCUUGAGGGAUCAUGGUGUCAGAUGGUCAAUUCUCAAUCUACUCUCUGACUGGAGAAGCAUCAUAUCACAUCUAUUUAUGCACAUACUAUUCGGUGGAUAUAUGCUAUCAGGAAUGGGUGGUAACGAGUCACCAAAACAUCACUUCGAAGAUAUCAUGAAUGCCGUUAAAUGGCCCAGCCAUGUAACUCAAUUGCUGAAAAAUCUAGGUGAAAAUCAAUCACUCAAGAAGGCAGAUGAGUGGUGUCGUAUUCUAACAAUCACCCCUGUCAUUCUCUGGUGGUCUUGGAGGGAUGCUAACGACGAAAUACCAAACUCGAAGCCUCCUCUUCCACCCAACACCGUUGCCCCGGAUUUCUCGUGUAACCAGCGCUUGUUGUAUCAAGCCAUACUUCAUCUUUGCAUGGGAGUCCGCAUUCUGGCAUCCCACUCAAUCUCAAUGGCUCAGGCUUGCACUGGUCAGAGCUUCCUAGCCCACUACUGCCUAGAAUGUCUGCAGCUUCACAUCCCACUCACCAUCAACCAUCAAGCUUCCAUGCACACAGCUGACAUGAUCAAGAAAUGCGGUCUGGUAUAUGGCUGGUGGCUCUUUGCGUUUGAGCGGUUCAAUGACCAAAUUAACCGCAUCAUCAAGGUACAAGCUCAAGACCGUGGAAGUAUGAUGACACAGAUAGCAGUUUAUCAGAGUGAAGCUGCCAAAGACAAUGUUAGGCUACCACUCCGUACUGCAAAAUUGAUCAAUCUCCAUACAUACGGCUCGCCUCAAGGAGUAUUCUACCCUAUUCUCCUCCAGUACUUUCGCUCUCUAUGGCCUGACCUGAACCUUGUCGGUGAUUUAUCAUGCGAUAAUGACACCCCCUUCUAUGCAAACAAGGUAGCUCGUGCCCUCACGUACAUUCGCAAGGAUGGCAUUCGUUAUGGCUGCACCAUGAAUCAACGCACGCACUCCAACUCAUCUGCAUUCAUAUCUCAAGGUAGAACUCGUGUCCCUGUGCAGAUCAUGGCACUAUUCGUGGUCGGUGUUCUCGAUGUCAUUCCUCAUGUUUGUGCGGUGGUGUGGAGAUUAGUUUUUGAUGAUAACAUUCCCGCAAUGCCGUGGGACCUCAACGCAUCUACACUUGGUAUUCAUGUCUCCUAUGCUGAACUGGGCCCUCAGGAAGUGAUUCCGGUCUCAUGGAUCGAGUGCCCACUGGCACUGAUUCCAGUGUACUCCAACAUCAUCAAAAAGGAUCUAUGGAUUACCAUCUCGUUUGACCAUGCAGGGAAUGAACCUGAAGACUAUUUAGAAGACGAGGAGGCAGCUCAUGAGCUUUGCUAG